CUCAGGCCUGGCUGCCCCGGCCCGCCCCGCUCCCGAUAAGAGUUCGCGUUCCCGAUAAGGGCUCCCGGUCCCCGGAGGGGCCCCAGCCGGCCGUGCACACUCAGCACUUUCCAGCGGGGCUAUUUAAAGCCGGCCAAGAGCCCAGUGGCCCUUUCUUUCUUCCUUCCUUCCUUUCUUUCCCUCCCCCGCAGGCUCGGCCCGCGCAGCUGGACUUUCCUCCUGCGGCCAUGAGCUCCGGAGCGGCGGCGGGGCCGAUCUUCGCCGAGGGCGAGGACUGCAGGGCGGCCUGGAGGGAAGCCACGGCGGGCUACGAUGAGCCCGAUGCGCACCUGGAGAUCCUGGGCAAGCCGGUGAUGGAGCGCUGGGAGACCCCCUACAUGCACUCGCUGGCCACCGUGGCCGCGUCCAAGGGCGGCCGCGUGCUCGAGGUGGGCUUUGGGAUGGCCAUCGCCGCCUCCAAGGUGCAGGAGCUCGGCAUCGAGGAGCACUGGAUCAUCGAGUGCAACGAGGGCGUUUUCCGGCGCCUGGAGCAGUGGGCCGAGGCACAGCCACACAAGGUGGUGCCCCUGAAGGGGCUGUGGGAGGACGUGGUGCCAGCGCUGCCGGACGGGCACUUCAGCGGGAUCCUGUACGACACCUACCCGCUGUCGGAGGACACCUGGCACACGCAUCAGUUCAACUUCAUCAAGGGCCACGCCUUCCGCCUGCUGCGGCCCGGAGGGGUCCUCACCUACUGCAACCUGACCUCGUGGGGGGAGCUGCUCAAGACCAGCUACAGCGACAUCGAGAAGAUGUUUGAGGAGACCCAGGUGGGGCCGCUGCUGCAGGCGGGCUUCAGGCGGGAGAACAUCAGCACGAGGGUGAUGGAGCUGCAGCCGCCCCCCGAGUGCCGCUACUACUCCCACCCCAGGAUGAUCACCCCCACCGUCCUCAAACACUGAGGGGCCCGCCCGGGGAGCAGGAGCUGAUGAGGAGGAGAAAAGCUCUGAUCUCCUUUAAAGCCCCUCAGAGAUGGGUGGAGGCUUGGGAUGGAUUCUAGGGGACAAAAGGACAGGAAACCCCCAGCCCCAGGAUCCCCCUGCCCUGGAGGGGUCUUGUGGGCUCUGUGGAAGAUCUCACCCUGCUCUGUCCCCUCAAGACUUCAAAUUCUCAAUUAAGCUGUAAUUUCAGAGCGUGGUUCGGAGCCUUUGGUUCCAGAACCAGCCAUUUCCUCUAAAAACUGCAUCAUUUUGAGAAAUCACAGGGUGGCUUCCCACAAGAGUCAAAUAAGCCAAUCCAGGUGGGAGAAAUGGGGCAAUCUGAGGCAUUUUGGGCAUUUUGAGGCAUUUCAACUUCUCCUGAAGCAACUCCCCAGGGAGGUUUCCCAACAUUUUCGGCCAAAGCCCUCGGCAGCAAAUCCUGACCCCAACACCCCCUCACAGCUCAAUAAAUGAUGUUUCCUCUCUCCCCAGAAGGGAUAAAGUCCAUUAAAAGGAAUGAAAUACCCAAA